CGGGAACUCAACAGGUUGUGCAACCAACACGUUUCUUUUCUCUCUCUUUCUCUUUGUGUGUGCUGUUCCGCUUGCUUCAUUUUAUUAACUCUGUUCAUCACGAUCACCGAUGGACCCUUACAGUCAAUAUCCUCCAACGAGAAACCAUGGGUACCUGAAUGGCAACGAUUUAAAUGACAAUUUUUCCGAAAUUGAAGCUGUGCUGCAGGAAAUCCAUAAUGGGUGGGACUUUAUGCUCGACGACAAUUUCGAUCCUGUAACUCUGGCCCUAGCACUUAUGGAUGACAGCUCGGUUGGAAAAGAAAAGGAUUACAAGACGUUCCGUAGAAUGCUGAGGAACUUAGACACCGCGCUUGAAGCAAUUGUGGAUGAUUACUAUAAGGGGUUUAAUAAUUCAAUUGGCACAUUCGGUGGCGUGUUACAACACAUAAACGAUUCACAGGAUCGUGUGGCACAAAUGAAGAACAGUCUACGCAAAUGUAAAGGAGAGUUGCUCGAAAAACGCACCGAUUUAUUGAACAUGUGGCAUAAAAGCGAACAGCAUAAGGAGAUGCUAAACCUCCUGGAAACCAUCGAAGAGAUACGGUCGACGCCCGAAAAAGUAGAGCGGAUGAUGAAUAGCAAGCAUGUCCUCGGAGCUGCAGAUCUACUGAUGCGAUCGACCCGUACUAUUAACAGCAAAGAAAUGAAACAGAUUGGAGCUUUGGAUGACUUGCGACGAACAUUGAAUGGUCAAAAAAACACACUUUACGAUCUUUUAAUCGAAGAGCUCCAUAACCACCUUUAUCUCAAGAGCUCGUUUUGCGACAAUCGAUGGGCUGCUUAUGUACCAGAACAGCAAUCAUUACCCAAGUCGGAUCUCAAGCCAAGAAGUUUUACUAGCUUGUCUCAGCAAGAUGCUGAUGCAGCGAAUGGCAAAGCAGAAGAUAUGUUUGCGGUCGAUGAGAAUGCUAUUCUGGUUGAAGAUACCGAGAAAAAUCCAGAAACGGAUUCUUAUUAUUACAUGGAAAUCAUUAUGGAAUCGUUGGCAAUAUUAGGGGAUAUCCCACCAGCUAUGGAGACCGUCAAAGAACGAUUACCAUUGGAAAUUCAUCGACUUGUGGACAAAACGAUCAAUGACGUGGAAGAAAGACGUACUGCUGCCAACAACAAAGAAAAACCGGACAGAAAACCUGGAGACGCUUCAGAUAUAUAUUGCCUCGAUAGAGCUAACAAUGAGGCACGCAAUGAAAUUCUCAAAGAUUUGCUGUGGACUUUGUAUUCCAAGCUAGAAGCAGUGCUUCGUGGAUUCAGGUUCACAGAAACAUGUGCUCGACGGAUUAAGAAGAGAUUAAUUGCAGCUCGAGAAUUCGAUGGCACCCAAGAUACCUUCCGCAUAUACCAUUUCCAUGAAAUAUGGAGACCUGUGCAAGCAGAGAUCCGUACUCUUCUUCAAGAUUACUUGUCCAUUCAGGAUCGCACCUUACAAAAGAAAACGAUAGACAUCAACAUGUUUACGUUCUCUCGUGACAAAUCGCAAUCUCUCUUUUCGUUUACGGAAAGUCCUCAAGACAAAGAGCUCGAUCAAGCGUACUCAAAGGUUCAAACCAACCUGUAUGCUUCCUUGAAAAAGCAGGUGUCUGGAUCCAAUAAAGGUUUUGCAAAGCAAGAUUCGCUGCUUCACUCGAGCAUCAUUGACAAAUACGCGAGCGAUAUGGCAUACAGAGGUCACAAGUUGCUGAUCAAGCCUGAUGCUUAUAACGUCAGUGUAUUGCUUCAGCCUACAAUGGCUUUCCUAGUACGACUUCGAGAAGUGUUCCCGAGCUACGAUGAAAAGAAUGCUGAAGGCUUUGGAAGCUUUUUGGAUGACUUUGCCAUCAAUGUGUUCUUGCCUCAAAUCGAAGAAAAAGUCAUGCAAUUGAUUAGUCACGCUACUGUAGGCAUGGAUGCCUUUCAAGACGACCGCAACUACAAAAAUUUGUCCAAGUAUCCAAUUGUCAAGAGUGCUGUUGCAUUGAUUAGUUUAAUCCAAAGCUUGUGCCGCACCAUGCAUUCCAUGCCUUUCCACACCGAAGAAUACAUUCGCAUGGUUGAGGUUGUUUUACUCAAAUACUAUGAAAAAUGCUACCAGCGCUUCUAUUCUACCGUUGCCCGAGGUGGAUCAUCCGAUAAUGGAGAAAAGAAGGAGGAUACACCAGAGAUGGAUAUCAGUACUAGCGGCGACUGGGCUCAAGAUGAGAGUUUAAUUGCAUUAUUGGCGCAAAAUCCUUAUUUUAAUGAUGACACGCGCGCUGACUUUGAGUUUGUCAAGGCUCUUAACCAAGCGGAAAUAACUAUGGAGUUCAAGCUUAAAGAAGAACGCACUUUCGACACUGAAGAACUUAUUUUCGAAUCUAAACGCCUGGUUGCGCUUGGUCGAUUAUAUCACAGUUUGAAAUGGUUUGUCCGCGAGAUUUGGGAGCUGCGUAUGCCCAAUCAACAGCUGAAGCUCCCAUCCUUACCUUCCGGAAGCUUUGGCAAAGACAACUUUGAAAAUGAGUGUGGUUUAACAGAGAGCGCAAGUUCACGCCGGUGGUCUUUGGCUGGCCAUAACAAAGGCUCAAUGCAAGAUGAUUAUGGGCCAGUGCUAUUACCUCUCAAAGAUGAAGCUGCUCGACGCUUCGACACACUUUUGACAACCUACCAGCAAUUAGCAGAAACAUGUCUUUUCACCCUGAGAUUGGAGAACCGAUGUCAUGUUAUCUAUUAUCUUGAAAUGGCAAUGCAAGAGGGCAAUUACUAUCUAGAAGACGAGACAUACGAACCUGAUCCGUAUAUUAUUACGCUUAAUCAAGACUUGGUCGAACUGGAUGAUUGCAUAACCGCAUCGCUGCCACCCAAAGACGAGCUAUUUGCUUUUGAUGGUCUACCAGCAUUGAUUGUCCAUAUUUUGAUCAGUGAAGCAAGCCAUAUCAAACGGAUGAAUGUGAAUGGUGUGCAAAAGAUGAUGCGCAACGUUUUAGCUCUUCAGCAGAAUCUAGCAAACUUUGUGCCACCCUCUCAGAACUCUGUGAUGGAGCGUGCAAGAGAAUAUUAUCAGUUAUUUAAUUUGAGCAGCGAGGGCCUGAUACGCAGCAUCAGUGAAAAUGGACCAAAAUUUACAUUCGACGAAUAUCGCAUUAUCCUUGGUCUUAUCCAUGAUAUCAAGAAAGGAAACGAGGAUGACACAGAGUCAGCUGAGGAAGAAGAUGCAUCAAAUGACGACUAUAGCGCAUGGUUGCUAAAGUUGGACGAUGUCAUGGCAAAAUACGAAAUCUAAAACAGUCAAUGAAGCAAAAUACAAUUAUUUAAGG